GAGCCAUUUGUCAUUCGAUAACUUACCAGGGCUAUAUGACCCAAUUCAGUUGUGGCGCAGCCCUGGUUUCGCAUUGUUUUUACGCUGGCAUUAAUUAGAAUUGUCAAUGUCGAUAGCUAGCGCUGCGCAACCACCGUGGAUAUAUAAUCGGUCCUUCAGAUAGCCAGUCCGCAUAUAUAUUCCCGAUUCCCCGAUUUGUGUUUUUGUUUGUUUCUCCUGUUUUUUGUUUGUUUUUUUUUUUUUGUGUUGCUGCAUUUGCUCCGGUAACUAGGAUAGUUAGUAAUAUUUUCUAAUUGAAACGACAAUGGCGGAGGAUUCGGCUGCUUUGGAGAGCUCCUACGACUUCUCCAUCGUUCAGGAUCACUUGCAGCCCGAUGAUCACGAAUAUGGCGAGGCGGAUAUACGCUUGGCGGGCAGCUCCAACGAUCUGUCCUUGUUACAGAAUGUAUCCGCCGGCACAACGAGAGGCACCGAAGGCAAGGGCCGUUUGGACAGCCUUAAAGAGAAUCUGUACAAGCAGCAGGAGCGCCUUACUGCCUUAAAAGAACGCGCCUUAAGGAAAUCCCAGGAUGGGCGACACAAGUCCAGCAUGAGUGACUCCAUGGAGUCGCUCAAGACACUGGGUCAGAAGCUCACCGUGUUGAAGACGCGCUCCAGCGACUCCUCCACUCCACUGGUCACACCGACUAAGGACAACGACCCCGGGGAUGUCUCUCUACUCCAAACCAGUGGCAGCGAGAAGCUUCUGAUGCUCACACAGCGCACGGAACAAAAUCGUGCUUUGUUAGAACAGCGUAAAAGAGAUCUGGCCAAGUCUCUUCUUUCUGUAAAGUCGAAUAUUGGCCAUCAAACUACAGCCGAGCUGGGCUCUUCCAUGACGGACCUACGACAGGCAGCGUCUACCUCCAACCCUCCCGUUUCCCGUCACCGUUCUGCCUUGGACUUGGAGGCGCAAGGUCAGGAGGCCGUAGACGAAAGCCGGGUGAAGCUGCUCAGGAAUCGUAUGAAGUUGACGGAGCUUAAGCAGAGCCGUCAGGAUCAGGAGCUGCAGGAAUUGCGCACAGAACUGGGCAAGCGCGCUAAUCUCAUCGAGCAAUUGGAACUAUCCGGUGCGGAAUUACAGCGCACGCUCACCCAGCAAAACGAGGAGUUGGAGCAAUUGCGUCUGGUUCUGGCUAAAGCUGAAGUGGAGAAGGAGAAGGUGGACGCGGUACCAGAAGGGGAUAGCCUGAAGGAGCAGGAGAACUCCCGCCUCCAGAGAGAAGUUUUAGUCCUAAGAGAACGACUAACAGAGCUGGAAAACAUCAAUGACCUGUUAGAAACGACCCGCUGUGAACUUCAAGAAGAGCUGACCACGGCGCGCGAAAGGCAACGUGAUCUGGAUCUGGAACAAGAGCAGGAAAAGUUUUCCAGCAGUCCGCAAUCGGAGGCAGCGUCCACCGAUGCACAGGUGAGCGCGGAGCUAGCCAAACAGCUCCAGGAACUCACCAACCAGCUAACGGAGCUACAAGCAACUAAUGAGGAGUUGCGUCACCAAGUUGCUGCCCAAAAGAAGCUCGAGGUGAGCGAUGAGAGUGUUUCCCAGCGUCUCGAAGAACUGGAAGCGAACAUAGCGGCGCAGCUUUUGGAGCUGGAGGAAAAUAAGUCGGCAAUGGCUGCCCAAAACGAAGAACUCGCAGAAAAGACGACGGAACUCAAUGUACUCAAUGUGAAUCUGCGUCUGCUUGAGGAGAAACUGCUGCAAAGCAGUCGCAGUAAGCCCAUAUUUCUGGAUGACCACUUGGAGGACAGUGCUGCCAGCAAGCAGAUGCAGGAGGAUCUGCAGCAACUGAAGCAAAAACUGGACGAAACUAACAAGGCCAACAUAAAGCUGAAACUGAAAUGCAAGCAGGCGGAAAAGCAGCUACAGAAACUCCAAUCACAAGAUGGCCAGCAACAGUUGGCUUCACUGGCGGCUGACAACGAGGAGCUGCAACAGAGGAUCGCCGUCCUCGAGGACGAGAAGGGGCAAUGGCAGUUGGCCAACAUGCAGGAGGAUGAUCGCCAGCCAGAGCAAUCGCCGGAGUCAAACCCCCUGCAGCUGGAAACAAUUCGUUUGCUGGAAGAGCAGAAAUUGGAAUUGCAACAGGCCCUGGAGGCCUUACUCAGUUCAUCCAGUUCGGCGGAAUCCAUCGAAAUAGUGGAGCGCCAUCACUUGGAGUGCCUAGGCCAACGACGUCCGGCAAGCGAGGGCGACGCGCAGGAGCAGAAGCAAGUGCAUCCACCAGUGCCUAGUCACGUGAGCGAGCUCACUCAAACGGAUCACACUGAGGAGGAGGAUUCCUCUGGCGAAAGUCUUUCCCAGCUUAGAGAACGCCUUGAACUGUUCACUCAGGAGCGGGGCGAGGUAUUGGACAAGCUGGAGCAACUGUCCGCUGAGAAUUUGCAACUCCAGGCAAGAUUGGAGGAAAGUUCAAGUUCACUGCAGCUGCUGCAACGUGAACGUGAGAAGGAUCUUAUCUCCUCCACGUCCACCUCUUCCAACCUUUCGCAGGAACUCAGCUCAAUGCAACGUUCCUCCGAAGUGGUGGCCACGCUAGACGCUGGCGAAGGAGGCCCCGUGCUCUUUGAGAAAUGCGAGAAAUCCCUGAGCAAACUGAACUCUGAAUUGGAGGCCUAUCGCAAGGCAAACGAUAGGCAGGCCAAGUUCAAUGUGUCCAAGAAACUGGCCAAGGAGGCCAAGAACUGUCACACUCAGCUGAGUGAGCUGCUCCACAAGGUUAAGGAAGCGAGCACCGCGGUAGAAACUGUUACCGUUGUGGAGACGGUGGUGGCAGUGACCGCUCCCAAUGGAAAAGCUCUUGCGGAAUACGAGCAGCUAAACGCACAGAACGCAGAACUCAAGGCGGUGAUCUCCCGCUUGCGCCAGGAAUUAGAUGAAUUGAGGGAAACCUAUCCUGAAACAGGCGCGCCAUUGGCCAUUGUUGGUUCCGAUUCUCAAAGGGAAGAUGAGAUCCUCCAACUGCAAUCCCUGCUGGAGGACGCACGCUCUUCGCAGGCCGAACAACGCCAGCAAAUCGAGGAGCAGCUAGAUCAAAUCAGGGAGCUACGUCAAACCGAAGCAGAACAGUUGCAAUUAGUGGCCAGGCAGAGUGCCGAGAUCACACAGCUCCAGCUGCAAUCAGAACAAUUUGAUCAGUUGCUCAACGCCAAGGAAAUGACCCAUGAGAAGCAACUGGAGCAGCAAACAAGGAUUCGUCGAGAGCUUGAGGCACGUGCCGAAUCCCUGGAAGGCGAACUGAGUAUCUUGCAGACUCUAGUUGCCGAGCAGAAGCAGCAACUCAUCGAGAGUGUCAGCGAAAGUGAGCACGCCCUUAACCUCAAGAUGCUGGAACUGCAAUCCGCCCAAGAGGAGCUGCGCGAAUUGAGAGCCAAAGAGGAUCCAGAUCAGCUCAGAGAGGCUCUGCGAAUUAGUAAAAGUCUAGCUGCCCAGCAGGUCAGUGAGUUGGCUUUCAGCCAGGAGACUGUCGAUGCUUUGAACCAGCAAAUCCAGGAGUAUCAAGGAUUAGAACAAGCCCAUAAAGAGGAGCAGAUCAAGACCCGCGAGCUGCGCGAGAAACUGAAGAAGUAUGCGCUUAACCUCAAGAAACGCACACAGGACAAUGCCGAUCUCGAGCAGAAGAUCCAGGAGCUUACUAGUCAACUCCAAGAACAGCAGGAGCUUGUAAAGCAGAAAGAGGAGGCGGAACGUGAACCCAUCGUGGACACCCAUCAAGUGGAGCAACUGCAGCAACAGGUCAGCAAGCUUAACGAAGAUCUGAAGGCCAAGAUCCAUGUCAACCUGGAAAAUCGCGAUGCCCUGCGUCAGUUUAAGCAGCAAAUCCAAGAGCAGCAGCAACUCAUCCAAGAACGCGAUGCAGAGCUCCAAGACGCAAAUCUGGUGAGCAAGGAGUUGCGACGCGAGGGCCAAGAAGCCCAGCAGGAAGUCUUUCAAAUGGGCCAGGAGAACUCCAGGCUCAGGGAAGAAAUCUCCAAGCUCCAGGAAGACAUCCAUAAUCUUGGACAGAGGGUAAACGAAGAGCCCACUGCUGUCGAGGAUUUGCGCCGUCAAUUAGAGGCAAAAUCGAAGAAGUUUGAAAAGUCCAAGGAGUUAAUAAAGCUUCGCAAUGCCACGAUUCAAUCGCUGCAGCGAGAGCUACAGCAAUUGCAGCAGGAUCAAGACAGCGAGGUGGAACAUGUGCGAACAACGCGGGCUGCCCAAGAGCAACUGCGUCUAGAAAAGGAUGCGGAGAUUACUGCCCUCCGACAAGAGAUUCUUCAGCUGGAAAGCCAAAAGAGCAGGACUGCCGGUGAAGGCGAUGAUUCCAUUACCAAGACCUCACAUCAACCAUUGGAAUCACAAUCGCUACAACAAGCGGAAUCCCUCCAAGUGGCAGAGAGGGAACAGCAGCACCUUCGUGGCCAGCUAACGGCGGCCCAGGAGCAACACUCUCUGUUGGCGCAGCAGUACGCCAGCGAUAAGGCAAACUUUGAGAUGACCAUUGCCCGUCUGGAGACACUUCACGAAGGUAUUCAGGCCAAGCUACAGGAGGAUGCCUCGUACAUUGAGUCGCUGGAGGCGCAGAAUACGGAGCUCCAGGCCAGAAGCGCUGCCCUUGAGGAACAGGCCGCUAAUAAGGCCAAUCAACAAGCGGCAGCCCAAGAUAAAGUGGAAAUACUGGAGCAACAAUUGCAGAAACAGCGCGAGCAGGAAGAGCAGCAACGGCAACAGGAUCAGCAGCUACAGGAGCGUUUGUAUGAGCUUGGACAACGGGAGCAAGCUCAAAAUCGCCAACUCGAGUUGGUCACCAGCGAAGCGGAAGAGAGCAGGCAGCAUCUGGCUCGCCUGCGGGCGGACUACGAGUCCCUGCAGGCCAAACAUGCUCAACUAAUAGCCACCGCCGAGGCAGAAAGGGAACAGAUGAGCAGCCACAGCCAGGAGGAGCUGGCCGAGCUCCGACAGCAACUGGACGCCAAGGAGGCGGAUCUGCACCGUCAGCGUCAGGUUUACGAUGCCAAGCUGGCAGCCAAGGCCACGGAGCUCGAUGAACUUGAAUGCGAUCUCAAUGGCCAUGUGGAACGAGCUGCUGCCGAGACACGAGAGCUGGUCCAGCAAUUGGAGCGGUCGCAAGAGCAGAUAAACCAGCGAACUGAGGAACUUCAGCGACUCAACGAAGAGUUCCAGGAGGUGGAACGCGAGAGAUCCACUUUAGGUCGAGAAGUGACCUUGCUCCGUUUGCAGAAUGACAGUGCCGAGCAAGAUGUUUUGGAGCUCCAGGAGUUGCGCAUGCAGGCCAUGCAGGACAAAACCGAAAUGGACAACCUGCGCACCCAGAUAGAUGCUCUCUGCGCCAAUCACAGCCAAGAGCUGCAGGCACUACAGCAGCAAAUCGCUGAGUUGGACACUCUGGGUCAGAAUCAAACUGAUGAUCAGGUCUACAUCGAAACGGAGAACAAGCGCUUGGCAGAGCAGCUAAGUGAACUGCAAGCUCAACUAGCCAGGCAGCAGCAGCAGCAGCAACAACUCCAUCAUCAUCCUGCUGUUCAAUCUCAACAGCAUCCUCCACCGGCUUCUCUGUUCUUUGGUGGCGAUGCUUUGGCCGCUCCUUCGCCCUUCGAUGAGAUUGCCCAACCGCUGAGGGUUUCUUCCCUAGCGACAAGCGCACCGCCACCCAUAUCUCCACCACCUACAAUCGAGGAUCUUCAGCGAAACGUGUCUGAUCUGGAGAAGCAUGCGCAAGAUCUGGAAACGAAGCUGCUGGCACGAAAUCAGAAUUUGGCGGAACAGGAAGAGCGACGUUUGCAGUUGGAGCAGCGCCUUUCGGAAUUGGAGCGCCUUCUAAGCGAACGGACUCAGCAGCUGGCCGACAUUCAAAAGGACAAUGAGGAACGCGAUCGCUUGGCGGCACUGGAGAAGCUGAUCCAACCGGCAGCACCGCCCACAUUGGACAUGUUCUUUGGCGGUCAUGCGGAGGAAACAGUGCCCGAUGCCGUGAGUCACCACUUGGAUUUGGGUCUGCCGCAGACGGAACCAGUGGAGGAACCACUGAUCCAGCCCAAAAAGGCAUAUUUGUGCCAGCCAAAGCCAGAAAUUCAAGAGCCGACUGCUCAGUCCAUUGAUUGGGGUGUUGACGAAGAUCCCUGGGCAAGUGCCGCCAACGAGGCUCCGCAAACCGAUGUGGAACACCUGCACACGAGAAUCGCCCAAUUGGAGCUGCAAUUAUCCAAUGCUGAGCAGCAAAAGACCGAACUUCAAACCAAAGCCGCCAAGCUGAUGAAACGCCUCAAGGAAUACAAAACGAAGGCAACAACGACCGCCACGCCCACUGUGACAGUGGAUAAUGAUCUGGAUUCGACCAUUAUUGAGGAGCUGAAGCAUCAGCUCCAGUUGCAAGAGUCCCGACUGAGCAAGGCGGAAGAAUUAACGCAACAGCACGCCCUAGAAAAGGAGAAGCUAGCGAAGCGCAUCGAUGUUCUGACAUCAGGAAACGAUCGUAUGGCGGAAAUGAAGGAGCGACAGGACAUGGAUGUGCAGAUGUACCAGGCUCGCAUUCGGGAGCUCCAAGAAAAGCUUAGCCAACUAGACCAGUGGGGUGAGCCUACCGCUACUGUCUCUUCAUCCCUAAACGCCGAUGAGGCGGCGAGGAUUGAGAGCCUGCAGCAGGAAAUCCAGCAACUGCGCCAAGAAGUAAUCGAACUGGAAGAUUUGCGCAGAGGCGAUCAAGCCGAAUUGGAAGCACUGCGACAGAGUAGCCAAGGUUACGAUGAGGCAGGAAGACUUGCGAACCUCGAGGACGACAACCAAAAGUUUGAGCUCCAGCAAAUUCGUCAACAAGUAAGCGAACUGGAAGCUCUGCGUACACGCGAUCAAGCCGAAUUGGAAGCACUGCGUCAGAGUAUCCAGGGCCACGAUGAGGCGGCAAGGAUGGCGACCUUGCAACAGGACAAUCAACAAUUGGAGCUCCAGCAGCUGCGCCAACAACUAAUCGAACUGGAAGCUCUGCGUACACGCGAUCAAGCCGAAUUGGAAGCACUGCGUCAGAGUAGCCAGGGCCACGAUGAGGCGGCAAGGAUGGCGACCUUGCAGCAGGACAAUCAACAAUUGGAGCUCCAGCAGCUGCGCCAACAACUAAUCGAACUGGAAGCUCUACGCACACGCGAUCAAGCGGAUUUGGAGGCAUUGCGUCAAAGUAGUCAGGGUCAACCACUCUCGGCAGACGUGGACUCCAGAAAUGAUGAGCAAAUGGCUCAAUUGCAGGAGAAAGAAUCUGAGAUUGUGCACUUAAAGCAACGCAUCGAAGAGCUUAUGCGCGAGGACCAAACAGAGAAACUUGUCUUCGAGAUCCUAACUAAGAAUCAAGAGCUGCAGAUGCUACGCAUGCAGGUCAAGCAAUUGGAGGAGGACAAGGAAGAUCAGCAGGUGUCUGCGUCUGCGUCUUCAACGGACGACGGAGAUACCGUUGAAAAGCUGAAAAACCAGUGCCAGCAACUCCAGCAAGAAAAAUCGGACAUGGAGGAGGAACUGCGUGUGCUUAACAAUCAUGUUCUUAGCAGCCUAGAGCUGGAGGAUAGGAUGAAGCAAACGCUGCUCCAGCUGGAUACCAAAAACAUUGAAAUCACCGAGCUGCGUCGUUCACUAGAAGUCCUGCAAAGCCAAAAUCUUGGCCAGAGCUCUGCUACACAGCAAAUACCCGAUCUGUCAGCUAUCAAUCAGCAGUGGGAACAGUUGGUGGAGCAAAAGUGCGGCGAGGUGGCCAACAUUUGGCAGGAACAUCUUUCCCAAAGAGAAGCUGCCUUCAAGGCGCAACUGGAGGAGGUUACCCAGCAGCAGCAGAGGGAACUGCCACAAAGUCAGCAGUCCACGCAAGGUGAGGCCACCGGCGACAUAAUGCUAAAGAUGCAAAAGGCACUGGAAACGCAGGAAAUGGAGAUUGUGACACUUAAGGAACAAUUGGCCAUUCGUUCAGCCGAGUACGCGCGUCUAGCCGCCCAAUACGAUCCGUUCCGUCUGCAGAAUCGCGGGGGAGCCAGUGGAAAUCCUGCCUCGACAGCAGUCUCAGCUGGUGGACCACCACCCUUAACUGCCAACGAACCACUGCCCGAGUAUGUGCUUAAAGCGGAUCUAGACUACGCCCUCAUGAUGCUCCACCAGCGGGACAUGCGAGUCGAGGAAAUGAUUGUGGAAUUGGUGCAGUUGCUCGAGGAACGUGAUCACCUGCAACUGAAGUUGUCGGACACGCUGCGCCAGUUGGAAACUGAGCGGAGUCGCGUUAGCGAUGAACCAGCAAGUGCCACGGCAUCCUCAUCAGCUGCCUCGAGCAGCAGUCCCAGCAAAAUCAGCAGUGCUGGCAGCAACAGCGAGCUUCUGGGAACGACGAGUGCAGCGGGCAGUGACCUCAAGCAGAAGCUAGCUGAGUUGCAGACGGUGAAGCAUUCCAAGGACAAGGUCAUCGUGGACGAGCGUGAGCAGCGCCUGCAGCAGAUGCUCCAACUGCAGAAAGACAUGGCCAAGCAGGGCUCGGGGUCGCAAUCAGGACCUGGAACAGGAACAGUGGCAGCAGUCACGACAUCAACGGCAGCACCAGCACCAACAUCAAUAGGCGUGGAUCUCUCUCAGUCCGGAUUGCGUUCGCCAUCGAUGAUGCUCAUGGACUGGAUACUGGGCAACAACAACAAGGAGGAGGAUGCGGGCCACCAAACCUCCGGCUAACCCAUUUCCACUUCCCGGCAAGAACGACCACGCACCCAGAAGCCUGGACUCCUACGGCUAGCUCUUUAAUUACAAAUCAUUACUUAAACUUUAAUUCUGGACUUCCUUGUGCGGACAAUGGCGAUUAGCGUUAGAGUUCUUUAUACGAUAUUAUGUACCUUGGCUAGCUGAAAAGCUCUCCCCUUAUUCCCGAUUUGUUCCAAACGCGUACGUUUUAUGUUGUAGAUAUGUAAAAAUUGUAUAAAAACAAAACGAAAUGAAAUGAAACGAAGCUGAAGAAAAACCGGAAAACAGAAAACCUAACUAAAGAGAAUUUAAGAACUAA